AUGCCUCCUCGUGAUCUUACCCUCAGUGGUGAUCACACUAGCAUACUGCCCCCGCUGCGGAGCAUCAGUAAGGCCUAUGCGCCUGUGUAUCCAUUUUGCGAUGUCGCUGUCGUCAUCCACGCUGGUAUCUGCACCAUUUCUGAUCCAUCUGAAUAUGAAAAUGAUGGUUACUGCGGGUUUGGAAUUAUCGAGGCUCGCGAGAUUGAUGCGAUCAAUAUGCUCGAUACUACUGGAACGGAUGGCAUCACCAAAGACAUCCGUGAUCGCGUCGGAACUGACAAUCUGAUCUGUCUUUCGAUUGACAUCGACACCCGAAUCUGCUUGUAA